GGCAGACAGAGGAAGCGUGUGCUUGUUCCUCGAUCUCAUUAUCAAGUGUCGUGUCUCGUUGGUCGUACGGAAUAGCAAGGUACAAUCUAAACCUCCGAACAGACAGGUAAUCGGUCGCAAGGAGAACCAACUUGGAAUCAACGCAGUUAACGCAGUUAAAUUUUGAAAUCAACUUGUCAUCACAUCCUCCAUCCCCGGAAACGAUCCUUGUCACGAUUCUACUACAUCCUAAUGUCAUUAUUUGGAGCUUCAGCAAACACUAGUUCGGCACCGGGGACAGGCCUUUUUGGUUCAUCUACCACGUCCAGCAUGCCUGCUUCAGGUGGAAGUAUGUUCGGCAACACCAAUGCUCAAACCGGUCAGACACCGUCUCUGUUCGGCAAUACUCAGCAGCAACAGCAACCACAGCAACAGGGGGGUACCUCACUAUUUGGGAAUACUCAGCAGCAACAACAACCACAGCAACAGGGGGGUACCUCACUAUUCGGAAAUACUCAGCAGCAACAACAACCACAGCAACAAGGGGGAACCUCACUAUUCGGGAAUACUGGCGCCAACGCGAACACCACUGCCACUGGCGCGAAUUCAUUGUUUGGUAGCAAUACACAAGGAGGAGGUUUUUUUGGUGCAAAACCGGCGGGCACGUCGACACCAGCGGCUACAGGUGGAGGUUUGUUUGGUAGUGCAACAACAACAACAUCUGCCAUGGGUGGUAGUUCUCUGUUUGGAAAUACUACCCAACAGCAGCCAGCCGCUGGGACAGGCGGAAGUCUGUUCGGUAGCACACCAGCUGCACCGACCGCGGGGAACUCGCUCUUUGGAAACCCUGCCCAACAACCGGCUAGUGGGACUGGUACAAACAGCUUCUUUUCAACUCCACCAGCAGGCCAACAGCAACAAAACGUGAACCAGGCUAAGCCCAGUCUUUUUGGAUCGUCGACGCCGCCCAAUCCUCUCUUCGCCGGUAGCGCCAACGCGAACACCACCAACACAGGAACAGGAACGUCAUUUGGAGGUGGUAAUCCUGCUACAGCUGGAACAACAGGUCCGUUGUUCGGAACUACGAGCACGAGUAAUACAGGGAAUUCCCUGUUUGGGAGUAACAAUGUUGGUGCAACUUCCGGAGGCUUUGGGAGCAGCACCCUCGGAGUAAGUGCAUUUGGGAACAAACCCGCCACUCCGGGAGGCAAUUUAGGAACUAGCACACUGGGAACCAGCAACCUAGGAACGAGUACCCUUGGCACGCAAAAUCAGGGACAAGACGCGCAAGUGCAAUUUACACGUCUUCAAGAAAAAAUCGAAGCGGUAGCUGGUGCAUGGAAUGCCUCAAAUCCAGCCUUGUGUCGUUUCCAGCAUUACUUCUAUAACCUCGUUGAUCCUGUACAAGUCAAUCUCUACACUCGCCCACCGAAUGCAGUCAAAGAAGAUCUUUGGCAAAAAGCGGUUCGUGAAAACCCGGAUCCGAGCUGUCUCGUACCUGUCCUCGCAAUAGGCUACGAUGGCAUGCGCGACCGAGUUGAUGCCCAGACACAGCAAUCGACUGCUCACAAAGAAAAGCUGACAGAAUUGCAAUCUCGCAUGAGAACACUCACAACUCAUCAUACCACGACUACGAUACCUCGAUUACAAAGAUAUUCGGCCUUGCAAACUCAAUUGUUACACAGGCUACUGAAACUGGUAACACAUCUCCACUUGCUCAUACCAAGUGUCCGAAGUUCUGCCAUUGGUGAGGCUGAAGAGGAACUCAAGUCUCAGCUGGAAGAAGUUGCCUCCGAAGUUGGGAUAUCCAGGUCUUCGGCGACUGGAGAUAAUUCAGCACGAAAAGGGGGGAGACUGAAGAGUAAACUGGGAGAACUUUGGGCAGUUAUAGGUGCACUCAAAGCAAGAGAAGAGGGGCUCAACGCUAUGACCGGUGGGGGAGAGUGGAAAGUAGUCGACGAAGAGGGUUUAGCUCGGAUCGCACAGGUCCUUGCCGAGCAACAAGCAGGGCUUGCUCACCUAACAAAAAUCUUGCAGAAGGACCUGAAAGAUGUAGCGGUAGUUAUGGGCACUGAGACCCGUACAUGA